CAACAAACCACCCUUAAACACCCAAUUUCUCUAAAAUUUCAAUCUGCUCCCUCCAACGAUUCUGUGCUCCGCUCCCAAAAAUCAAUCUGCUCUCUCAAAUUCUCACAUUCUACGCCGCCGCCUCCACCUCCACCUCCACCUCCACCUCCAUCCUCCACUUCGCCGCUGCCUCUUCCCGGCGCCUCUUCACCGCCUCCGCCUCCGCCUCCACUCUUUAGCAGCCGCUCUUCGCCCUAGCUCGUUUCAUCAAAUCGGUGUGGAGCCUACUGCUGCGCUUAACGACUUGAUUCAGCCGUAGUCGCGCCUCCUUGUAACGCUGCCUUCACCCUCUCCCGGCGACAUCCAAUACACUAAAUUAAGGAAAAUCUCCUUGAUGAUUUAUGCUUGAAGAGAAAUGAGCUUGCAAAGUUUGAUAUUUGCAGUUUUGUGUAUCUGAUUGAGGUGAAUGCAUGUUUGCAAAAUAGUAUCUCAUUGAAACUGAUACAGAUGAAGUACUUGAAGCCACUGAAAUUGUAUCAAGAAUUUUUAAAGUCAAGUGAGGUCAAACGAGGCCGUUUGCUUGGCUUGGAUGUAGGUGAUAAGUACAUCGGCCUCUCUGUUUCCGAUGCUAAUAACAUAACAGCAUCGCCCUUAAGUGUCCUAGUACGUAAAAGAACAAAUAUCGACCUGAUAUCUACCGAUUUCCAGACUUUGAUCUCUGGACUUUCCCUGGAAGGCUUUGUCAUUGGCUAUCCUUUCGACAGGCAUAAGAGCAACCCAGAUGCAGUGCAAGUGAAGCUUUUUAUCGAUGAUCUCAAUAAAACAGGGAAGUUUGAAGAUUUAAAGUACACAUUCUGGGAUGAGUGCUUUACAUCAAAGAAUGUUGAGUUUCUCUUGAAGCCUUUGACAUUACAUCCAGUACAACUCAAGACAAUUAUGGACAAAUUUGCUGCUGUAGGAAUCCUUCAGGGUUACCUGGAUUUUGCUAGCAGAAGUCGAGGUCUAAAUCAAGAAACUGAAAAUUUGCUUGAUAAAAAAAUUGACUGAUGAUCUUGAUACGAGCGAAGCCAUAGCAGAGACCAGCGAGGACGUGGUACAACAGGAACAUGCUGAUCCGGAGGAACCUCAACCUGAGGUAGCCAGUGACAGAGGACGGAAAGUGCGAGUGGAGGCUAAUGUGAGGGAAAGAUCGCCCCAAACGGCAGUCGAGGCCACCCGUUAGAUUUGGAGACUUUGUCUCUCGCUGAGUCUACUUAUUUUUAUUGCUUUUGUUAUAUUUUUUUUGCUAAAAACAUUAUUAUUUGAAUAUUUAGAGUCGAGCGUAAUUAUAAGCUCCGUUUCGGGUUUUCUUGUUGGUUCUUUCCCGGAAUGAUCGAGUCGAACCAAACCUAGGGUCCUAGAUAAUAUAAAUAGGGAUUUUGCUCAUUGAGAAGAGGAUAUAGAAUAUCAAAAUUCCUUUUUUUUCGUUUCUUUA